AUGCCACCAAAGAAGGGAGAAGCCCCGAAGCAACCCCCGUUGAUUGGACGCUUCGGGACGUCGCUUAAAAUUGGAAUUGUGGGCCUGCCUAACGUCGGGAAAUCCACCUUUUUCAACGUGUUGACCAAAAGUCAAGCAGCAGCUGAGAACUUCCCCUUCUGCACCAUCGACCCCAAUGAAAGCAGAGUGCCUGUCCCUGACGAACGUUUUGAUUUCCUCUGCACGUAUCAUAAACCAGCCAGUAAGGUUCCCGCGUUCCUGAAUGUGGUAGAUAUCGCCGGCCUGGUGAAGGGGGCCCACGCGGGACAAGGACUGGGAAACGCGUUCCUCUCCCACAUCAGUGCCUGUGACGGCAUCUUCCACAUGACACGUGCCUUUGAUGAUGAGGACAUCAUUCACGUAGAGGGCAACGUGGACCCAGUGCGGGACAUGGAGAUCAUCCACGAGGAGCUGCGGCUCAAGGACGAGGAGAUGAUCACACCCAUAAUCGACAAGCUGGAGAAGACGGCGGUCCGAGGCAAUGACAAGAAGCUUAAACCUGAAUACGAAAUCAUGUUAAAGGUGAAGAACUGGGUGGUCGACGAAAAGAAACACGUGCGAUUCCAUCACGACUGGAACGAUAAAGAGAUAGAGGUUUUGAACAAGUACCUGUUCCUCACGUCCAAACCGAUGAUCUACCUGGUCAACCUCUCAGAGAAGGAUUACAUCAGGAAAAAGAACAAGUGGUUGGCAAAAAUCAAGGAGUGGGUGGACGCUCACGACCCUGGCGCCAUGGUGAUCCCCCUCAGCGGAGCAUUGGAGUCCAAACUAUUUGACAUGGAAGCAGAAGAGCAGAAGAAAUACUGCGAGGAGCAAAAGACACAGAGCGUCCUGACCAAAAUAAUCAAGACUGGCUACGCGGCGCUACAGCUGGAGUACUUCUUCACAGCGGGACCGGACGAGGUUCGAGCGUGGACUGUCAGGAAGGGCAGCAAAGCGCCGCAGGCGGCGGGAAAGAUCCACACCGACUUCGAGAAGGGCUUCAUCAUGGCCGAGGUGAUGAAGUUUGCCGACUUCAAAGAGGAGGGCAGUGAAAAUGCGGUUAAGGCUGCUGGGAAAUACAGACAGCAGGGUCGGAACUACAUAGUGGAGGACGGAGACAUCAUCUUCUUUAAAUUCAACACACCCAAUGCGCCAAAGAAGAAAUAA